AAGAGUCUUGAUCAUGUUUAAAGCUUGAAGAGGUCGGCAGCCAGGAAAUCUAAGACGCGAAGUCGGGGAGGAUCCUGGAAACUAAUAGCAGCUGAUUUCUGAGCCGCCGGUCGACAAUCAGCGGAUCUUCUAUCAAAGAUGGCGGACAAAAGUGUUGGAAGUCUUUUAAACCGCGUUGUGUUGCCUGGCGAUGUUAUCGGUAGUGUAGCUGAUUUGGAAGGAAUACUUGAAGGGAAAAACAAAAUCAAGCUCGGUCCAGGCUUAAGAGAAGUAAAUGGCGUGAUCAUGGCCUACAAAGCGGGGGUUUUUAGACAUCGAAACCCGUCAAUCUACAUGAUCGAUUGCAAUCAAAGAAGGUACAUUCCAGUGAAGGAAGAGAAAGUCAUUGGAAUCAUAACAAACAGAGGCUCUGAUAGUUACAAAGUAGACAUUGGAGGGGCAAUGCCUGCAUCAUUACCAAGUUUAUCAUUUGAGGGAGCCACUAAGAAGAAUAAACCUAAUCUUCAGAUAGGGGAUAUUGUUUACGCCAGGCUUUGUGUUGCAAAUAAGGACAUGGAACCUGAACUGGAUUGCACAGAUGGCAGUGGAAAAAGCACUGGUCUGGGACAGCUGUCUGGAGGCUUUAUGAUCAAUUGUUCACUUGGACUUUCAAGAAAACUGCUCAGCAAAGAAUUUGUUCUUCUAAAAUGUCUUGGAAAGCACUUCCCAUUUGAAUGCACUGUGGGAAUGAAUGGGAGAGUGUGGAUCAAUUCAUCAUCAAUACCUCAUACGAUUACUGUUGCCAAUGCUGUGUCGAACUCUGAAUACAUGAACAACAAUCAAAUCGAGACAAUGGUGAAACAGCUUGUGAAAGGAAUACAGUCAUAAGAACAGCAUAAAUCUUAUCCUCUGAGUAAUUUUCUUGAAUUUCUUGAUGGAAAGAACAAGGAAACAAAAAACCACCGUUUUGAAAAGUGAUACUGUAUUUAAGAUUAAUCUCAAGAUUUAACUAUCCAUGUAUCUCUCAGUUAGUAAAUUUACUAUGAUCAGUCAAUUUAAUGGGCCAUAUUUCAUCGUACAGCCCGCUGAAUUCAAAAUUUGUUUGUACGUAAGUCUCCCCCCUGUAUUUGAACCCUGAGAUAUAAUAUCUCACUAAGUUGUUUUCUUGGUCUGUGUUGUCAGUUACAGAACCUCCCUUUUUUUUUGCUCAGAUUUAUAACCUGUGCACUUUGCACCUGGGUCAUAAAUUCAAGCACAGAAAAGUUGGUCCAUGACUUAUAGUGCCAACUUCUAACUCAGAGCUUCACAAUGCGUGAAUGGAAUACACAAAAUCACUUCAAAGAGUUCUUCAUAAAAUCAGUUGGGAUCUCUGAGGAAAGUAUGGGUGUUCAAAAGUGCCUUUCGAAGAGGUCAUGGCAAUUGUAUUGCAUUGUAUUUCAAGUAUAUUGCUCACCGCAACUACACCUGCAAGAGACAUUUUGUUUAAAAAAACCGAGUCUCACUUUUAAUCUUUAAAUAUUUCAGACAAUUUGUAUUUCAUAACGCAAAAAGGAUCAUGGUAUAUUUACUUUGUCUAAGUCUUGCCUUUAAAAAAAGAUUGUAUGUUCAUUCAGCAUAAAAAUAGAAAAUAUGUUUAUAUAACACGAUAAACAACCCAGUUGUAACUUUUUAGGUGAGCUUCUCCACAGAGGAUGAAACAAGCUUCUUGACUGAUAUUUCUCCAUUGACAACCUUCUCUCUGAUGGAGUCCUUGUGUUUCGGGAUGAAAAUCAAAGAACGUAUCUUCCUCUUGUAGGUGUUGUUUAUAAGUCUACCAAAUGUGUUGAACACAAUUUUCACUAUAAGCUCGGGUAAAUUUUCUGAUGGCUGAAAAAUAAGAAAAGGAGAGACAGUAAUCAAGUGAAGAGUCAAAUUCUCAACCAGGCUGUGCGAUUAUUUAAGAUCAGUAUAUUUUUUGCGUGGAAAUGUCAGAGCUAGAGGGUAUUGA